AUGUCCUCUGCUUCGCCACCGUCACCGCGAAGACCUCUGCAUCAGCGUAGCGAAUCGCAGAACAACAGGCUCGCUAUUCGUAUAGUACCUUACAGCCCGCCGCGACCCGUCAGUGUACAGGUUGAUACGCCAAUUGUUAGCAACGAUCACACCAGUCGCGAAAUUCAAAAGUCACCGAUCGACCGUCGUCAAUAUGGCACCGACCGACUGCCGUCAACGUCCUCCACGUUGAGAUCUUCUCAUACCUCCACGGUUCGAUUGGUUCCCGCCAUCGACAAUCGUGUUUCAGCCUCGAAACGAGCAGAUGGAGCAGAACCGUCUGCAGCACCUCAUCGCCAAAGCCAGAGUAUGAGCACGGCCUCGCGCAAACCGACCACCCCUACCAGCCCGGUCCCUGACGCUUCUCACACACCAUCCCCUGCGCCAACCAAUUCAUCGCACAUUUCCCUUAUUCAUGCAUCGGCCCAACGCACAGAAAGCCAAGCCGCCUUCAGACCAGUUUCUUCAUCUCGCGCCCCAUCGCGCCGUCGCCAUCGCAUCAAUGUCCAUUCUGACACCAAAACUUUCUCUCUCGAGCCGCAGAGCGACUCAAUCCCGCCUUCGGUAUCCCUGUCCCUGUCGCUGUCCGCCUCGAGCUCAUUUGAACGACUGUCAUCCGCCUUCUCCGGCGAAGGUCGUCCUAGCUCACCCAUGACCACGUUGCCUGACCGAAGCUUCUCCCCCUGCACCCCAACCUCCUCCACUGUGCAAUUAAGUGAGGACCCGAUAGCCGAUUCCGCCUCGUCUCCUUGGAAUUAUCAGCUCGUCGGGGGCCUUCGCAAGGUCUCCAAAACCCCCGAUCCAGCCCCAAAACAGACCCUGCGUCCACUUUCGUCUGAUAAUCCGCUUCCUACACUGCUCGAGGCGACAGCAGCUGCCGAACGAGAACGAGACUUGCACUCCCUGCUCAACAAGUCUUCAGAGCUGUCCUUUGGGUCCUUGCAAUCGGCUUCCACAGACUCGGAAACAACAAAUUACAAGGUCUAUAACGCUCGCCAGCCCGUCGCGCCUGAGGCGCAUCCUGACACGGAUAGCUUGAUCCCCCCCUCCACCAGUGACUCGAAUUACGAGGUCCUCGACCGCUCAUCGCCGUGUUGGCCGACAUUAAAUCAUUCAAGUCCACCCAAGACCGCAAGCAGCGACAAUAACUACGUGGUCCACGGCGAUCCUUCAUCCUCAUCGCCUCUCGCCCCGCGCUCCGCCUACUCUCAUGAGAGUCUGAUUGUACCGCCACUAAGGCCGGGCCGAAAGAACUCAAUUGAAAGAUUCGGCCUAUACAAGACCAGAUCAAAAGACUCCUUGACCGCCGGCUCAUUAACAUCGAUCAGUAGCAUCAUUGCGCAAGAAGCGAUCCAGACCUUUUUUGCGAUACCCAUCGCGCUACAGCGCCCGCGGGGCUCUUCUGGCGUCCCGAGCCGUCACUCGGAUUCAUGGGAUACAGGUACUUCGGUUACCGGCCCCUCUAGAUCACACAUGGCAUCUCAUCCGCAUGUAUGGAGCUCACAGCUGUCAACUGUCAUUUCAGAGAGUGAAGGCGGAAGUGAGCCUGUGUCGCGCUCCGUCUCUGCCUUAUCAGGGCCGGCUCGGCGCAAUAGUGGUUUUUACAGCAACCACAGCCGCCAAAUGCUGAGCAUUUCUUCGUCCUUAGCUGCACAUGAUCAGCACACGUCCGGCUCUCAGUCUCUGACAGAUUCUCUUGAGAGGCCACAGCCUUCGCACUGCCGCGGUGGAACCGUCCGCCUAGUCCGGGAUCAAGACGAGCACGGCGAUGGCCUGGCGGAUCUGCAUGAGCUACAUCAGCGGCCAUCGAGAAGACGUCUGUCGAGUUUCAUGUCUAGCACUUCGUCAUCGGAUCGUAACAUUCAUUCAUCUGGUAGUUCUCAAGCUAACAGCAUGACGAACGCUUCGCUGCCUACUUGGGCCAGGUUAUAUUACGGCAGCGGCGAACGAAGAUGGCUGAGACAUGGUGUUUCGUCCGAGUCCAUGACCACGGAUUACAACGACAGCGGCAGGUCUCGCGGCUCUUUCCGAAGCGGCUCACCAAGUAUCGACAACCUUUCAUUGAAUUUACGCAGCCCGCGCCGCAGACCUCGCGAAGUUCAGCCCUCUGGCCGGGCGCGCCGUAUGUCAGACACGGGCUCGAUGGAGAUCACGUCCGCUCCAGUAAUUGGUUUCCACCCGCGAUCUAGCUUGCGAAAGCAGACGUCCAGUAUUUGGUCACCUCACUUGGGCCGCGAUCAACGUGCCAGUGGCUACAGUAUCUGGGAGCCGCCAUCUGUGAGCUGGUCAGUCGACAGCAGCCCCUUUGGGCGGCGCAAUGUACAAGUUGUCAUGUUCAUAUUAGGUUUCAUCCUACCUAUUGCAUGGAUGGUGGCAGCUUUCUUGCCGUUGCCGCCACUCCCGUACACAGAAAUGGUCGAGCGUGCACCAGACGAUUCCAGUAUGCUCGAUAUUGAAAUGGAGUCGGCACGGCCCCCAACCCACAUGGACGAGAUAUGUUAUCGAAGCGCCCGAUGGUGGAGGAACCUCAACCGCAUCAUGGCACUUGUCGGUGUCUUGAUCGUGGCUGUGAUCGUUACACUGGCUGUUGUUGGGGCCAAACACGGUUGGGGACACCCUGCAAGCUGA